AUGAGGAUCCACUACUUCCAUUGUUUACAAAUUAUAGAAAUAUUGAAAGGAACAGAAGCUUCCAAAAAAUAUAGUUUUGGCAAAUAUUAAUUACAAAUGAUGGUGAUGAUGAAGGACUAGUGAGAAGUAGUAUACAUUUAUGAAAACAACAACGUCUAUUUAGUGGCCAGUCUGUUGUUUCGCAGUGUAAGUUAUGAAGGACCUGCUCUAAGGAAGCAAGUGUCUAAAGCUCUGCAGCUGCAGCAGGAGCUGAGCCGAUGAGAACUGUUGUGUGAAAGUGGUGCUGCCAACAUGAGGGAACUUUAAAUGGCCUGUAAACAAAACGAUAUAAAAGGGGGAAAUGUGGCCAGGUAGUUACAAGCUCUGGUUAAAGAUCUGCCUGUAGUUUUAGAAGAAACUGGUAAGAAAGGAGGAAUGGAGGAAGCCCCACCUGACAUCGUCACAGAGGAGACGAUUGACUGGGGUGACCUUGAUAGUGGUUCUGGUACUGAGGAGGUGAAUUAUGGGAUCUCUGUUGAGGAUGGUGUGGACUGGGGCAUUAGCCGUGAAACUAGCACUGAAGAAACAGCUGCUGGUGGUAUUGACUGUGGAGAUUCUGAAUUUACUCCUGUGAAAAUUAAAGUUGUGGAUGUGGGCACAGACUGUCCUGACUGUUGCCAUAUGUGAGGAAGCUCUUCUGUUCUAGAAAACUCACAGACACAAACCCAGUUUAUCGAUGAGCUAAUGGAGUUGGAAAUGUUCCCAUGUCAGCAGCUGAGUGAGAUGAGUGAAGAGGUGGCCAUGAUUCAGUUCCAGCUCUCUCCUUCAGUGAUCCAGGCUCAGACUCUCGAGCACGUGCAGGUCAUCCUGGUAGAGGUUCGUGGCCUGCUGAACAGGCUCACCAUACUACAAAUGCAGCACCUCCUCAUGAUCCAGGCAUCACCCCGGUAUGUGGAGCUUGUGUCUGCGUUACUGUGACAGAAACUCGAGCAGGCUGAUAUCUUAGUGCUGAAGCGUAGCACACUGGCUGAAAAAUGACAGGAGGCUCUGGAGGAACAGGCAAAGCUGGAGCCAUGCAUUGAUCUGCUGGCUGCUCGCAUCAAACAGCAACAAAACAUAACAAGAUGUUUACAAAUUAGAAAUUAG